ACAACUGCAGCUCCAACAACAACAACAGCUGCUCCAACAACAACAACUGUCCCAACCACAACAACAGCUGCUUCAACCACAACAACUGCUGCUACAACCACAACAACUGCCCCAACCACUACAACUGCUGCUCCAACCACAACAACAACUGCUGCUCCAACAACAACAACAACUGCAGCUCCAACAACAACAACUGCUGCUACAACAACAACAACAACAGCUGCUCCAACAACAACAACUGUCCCAACCACUACAACAGCUGCUACAACCACAACAACCGCCCCAACCACUACAACUGCUGCUACAACAACAACAGCUGCUACAACCACAACAACUGUGGCACCAACAACAACAACUGCUGCUCCAACCACAACAACCGCCCCAACCACUACAACUGCUGCUACAACAACAACAGCUGCUACAACCACAACAACUGUGGCACCAACAACAACAACAGCUGCUCCAACAACAACAACUGCUGCUCCAACAACAACAACAGCUGCUCCAACAACAACAACAGCUGCUCCAACAACAACAACUGUCCCAACCACAACAACAGCUGCUUCAACCACAACAACAGCUGCUACAACCACAACAACUGCCCCAACCACUACAACACCUGCUCCAACCACA